GAUACGGUCAGUGUUAUAUCUGCAUCAGUCACACACAAGUCAGCCGAAGGUAUCAAGUGGCGAUUUUUGCAAAAUACACAGACGGCAGAAGUGACAAAGAUAAUGGACUACUGGAGUGCCUUGGAGGUGUACGGCGAAAUGCUGAAGCUGUACCUGGAACAAGGUCGACUGCUUGUCAACUCCAGCUGUAAGGGUCUGGAGCCAUGGCAGAUUAUCACAGCCACAGUACUGUCCACCCUGGUGCUACUGUGGAUCAAAGGGCUGCUAUUUCAGCAGGAGAGCUUGAAGUCAAGAAUAAAGAAGCAGUGCUUUCGAAUGAUAAGGAAAAUCCCAUUCGUUGGCGCUACAAUCCAAACACAGCUGAACAAGGCCCUGGAUGACAUGUCUGUCAGCCUCUGCACACUGAAAGACGGAAUGAGCUACAUCAGAUCACUGCCUGCGCAGGGUCUCUCUCAAACAGAGGUCCUGGAAUGCAUAAAAGAGUACGACACGUUAGGUGAUGCCCAUUGGGAGAAAGGCAGGGUGUCGGGUGCUGUAUAUAGCGGAGACCGAAAGCUCACAAAUCUCCUGGUGAAGGUGUAUGGUGACUUUGCUUGGAGUAACCCCCUGCACCCGGAUAUUUUCCCUGGUGUUCGAAAGAUGGAGGCAGAGGUGGUGCGGAUGACCUGCUCCCUUUUCCACGGUGGCCCUCGCUCCUGCGGAACAGUUACAUCCGGAGGAACGGAGAGUAUCCUGAUGGCUUGUAAGGCAUACAGAGAUAUGGCAUAUGAGCGAGGAAUCAAACACCCUGAGAUCCUUGCCCCUGUGAGUGUCCAUGCCGCCUUUGACAAAGCAGCACACUACUUUGGGAUGAGACUCGUUCACAUACCCUUGGACAAGAAAACCAUGAAAGUGGAUGUUAAGGCCAUGAAGAGGGCAAUCUCCAAGAACACCGCCAUGCUUGUGUGCUCCGCCCCUCAGUUCCCACACGGAGUCAUAGACCCCAUCCAGGAAGUAGCUCAGCUGGCUGUGAAGUACAACAUUCCCUUCCAUGUAGAUGCCUGCCUGGGCGGAUUCCUCAUUGUGUUUAUGGCCAAGGCUGGUUACCCGCUGGCACCCUUUGACUUCCAGGUCAAAGGUGUGACCAGCAUCUCAGCAGACACACACAAGUAUGGCUAUGCCCCUAAAGGCUCUUCGGUGAUCCUGUACAGUGACCAGAAGUACCGGCACUACCAGUACUUUGUAGCCCCAGACUGGCAGGGGGGCAUCUAUGCCUCACCGUCCGUGGCGGGGUCUCGCCCCGGGGGCAUCAUCGCAGCGUGCUGGGCCACCAUGAUGCACAUGGGGGAGGACGGCUACGUUGAGGCCACCAAGAAGAUCAUCCAGACAGCCCGGCUCAUCGAGGCAGGGUGUCGUAAAGUGGAUGGGCUGUUUGUGUUUGGACAGCCUGAAGUCUCUGUUGUGGCGAUGGGCUCUGAGGUCUUUGACAUCUUCAGGUUAUCCAAUGCUCUCACUGCCAAGGGCUGGAACCUGAACACACUACAGUUUCCUUCCAGCAUCCACAUCUGCGUGACAUUACUGCACACACAGCCAGGGGUGGCAGAGCAGUUCGUCAGCGAUGUCAGAGAACAGGUGGCUAUCAUCAUGAGGAAUCCAAAGGAGAAAACCACUGGCAUGGGAGCAAUCUAUGGCAUGGCUCAAUCCAUCCCUGACCGCUCCAUGGUGACUGAGAUUUCACACGGAUUUCUGGACUGCCUCUACAGCACUGAAGCUCCCUCUGUGGAGAAGAACCACAUGAAUGGCACCUCCAAACCCCACUGAGGCUGUGGCAGGCUGCUGUCUCUAAGCAGCGGCCCCCGGGAGACGGCCACGCCCCAGGGAUAGGGGAGUGUACUUCCAGUGUUUGUUCGUUUGUUGCCUUAUCCUGUCCUUUUUUAAUCUAGUCACCCCUUUUCUUAUAUCUGUCGAAAGCACAAAUCUCUGUCUGGUGUCUGGUGAAGGCAAGUGUCUGGGGGAAAAAAAGGAUUCAAGUUUGACAAAGCUAAGAAACAAGCCUGCCUCAAACAAGGCAAAAGGGAUUUUGGUUCGGUCUGUUUGAUAUGACUUGUUUUUACACGUUUGGUGAUUAAUGAUAUUGGGUGAACACAUACUUGGUCCUCUGCAAUGACACAACCUGUGGAACUUGAAUUACAGCCUUGCAAUUAGUUCAUUCAUAUCCAUUCUGACUUGAACAAGUGUACUCAGAACAGACAAAAACGGGAAAUUGCUAAAGCAUUUUAGAUUGAGAUGUACAACUGCUUAAUUGAAAUCAUCCUAACCUGAAGAUGAUCGAGUAAAAUGAUAUGGAAAGUGGCCACUAGUCCUAAGUACUUACUAGUCUCAGUACUUACCACAGCAUCCACUUGUACUGUAGCUAACAGGACCUACCAAACAUUGCAUGAAACGUUUGGUCUCUGUCCACAUUCCUAUUUCUCUAUUAUGCCUUAUAAGCCGAAAAAAUGCUUUUUCACAAUCACACUAACAGCCUAGAAUCCUGAUGACCUCCAUUUUUUACGUAAAUCAUUUGGCAACAGAACUACCAAACAGAACAAAUGAUCAUUCCACCUGUGGUAAGAGGGGAGAUUGAUGAUGAGGUAGAACUACGUUUCAGUAUAGCCAAAUAACAAACCGAACCAAAACCUCCACAUUCUACUGCCCCCUACUGCAAGUAAAAAGCACUUUAAACCAGGUACCCAGUAAAUGCAUCAAUUCUUGAAGAGCCUGAAUUACAGGAAAAUUAAUGCUAAUGUCACCCUAGUAGUUCAAUAUACUGUAUUUAUGAAAGAAAUUCUGACAUGAAUAUUGAAAAUUGUAACAAUGUAAAUUUUAGCUUUAGUGGGGUUCUAUGCAUAAUGACCCAAAAUGUGAUGGACAAAGGGAUCGUUGAAUUUAAGUAAGAAUAUUACGGUUAAACAAUCUGAAGGAGUUG